AUGGACCAGCAGCGAUUCUUGCAACAGCUGCAAAUCGUCCUUGAUCCAAAUUUGGGCAGCGUCAAGGAAGCCACUGGCGCCCUGAAGAAAGAAUUUUAUACCCAACCAGAAUCACUCCUCUUCCUUAUCCAAGUCGCCACCUCCCAUGAUGACCAGAACCUGAGACAGCUUGCCGCUGUUGAAUCGCGAUCCCUCGUUAACAAGCAUUGGCUCAAGAUUGCCGGGGAACAGAAACCACAUAUUAGAGAGCAGCUGCUCCGUGCGGCUCUAGGAGAGGGUGGUCCAUUAGUCCGCCACUCCUGUGCCCGUAUCAUUUCAGCCAUUGCCAAGAUUGAUCUCGAGGACGGGCAAUGGGCGGAUCUUCCCGCUUUCCUGCUCCAGGCCGCCGUAAGCCCCAAGGCUGAUGAGCGUGCGACUGGAAUGUACAUUCUCUUUACCAUUUUGGAAACCCUGGGCGAGGGUUUCCAAGAAAAAUUCAGCGACCUUUUUGCUCUGUUCGAGAAAACCAUUCGCGAUCCUGAGAGCGCUGAGGUUCGCAUCAACACCCUUCUGUCAUUGAGCAAGCUGGCGAUGCACUUGGACUCGGAUGAACACGAGGCGCCAGUUAAGGCUUUCCAGAAUAUUUUUCCCGCUAUGGUUGCUGUCUUGAGAGACUCGAUUGAUCAGGGCGACGAGGACCGGAUCAUCCAAGCUUUCGAGGUUUUCCAGUCACUUCUUGGCUGUGAUCCCCAAUUGAUGAAUCCCCAUUUGAAAGAGCUCGUUCUCUUCAUGAACCAACUUGCUGCCAACACCGACUUGGCCGAGGAUACCAGAGGCCUGGCCAUUAGCUUCCUCAUGGAAUGCGUCAAAUACCGAAAAUUGAAAAUCCAAGGCAUGCAGAUUGGCAAACAGCUUACCCUUGCUGCUCUUCAAAUCGCAACCGAGCUGGAUGAUGCUACCGUUUAUGAUGAUGGUGACAUCACUCCAGUCAGGUCCGCAUUAGAUCUUUUAGACUUACUUGCACAGAGCCUCCCACCAAGCCAGGUUGUCGUGCCUCUCCUCAACGCUUUGGGGCCAUACUUCAACAACAAAGACCCCAAUUAUCGCCGUGCAGGUAUCAUGGCUCUUGGCAUGUGUGUCGAGGGCGCUCCCGAUUUCAUCAGCACUCAGAUGAAAGAGAUCUUUCCUGUCAUCUUUCAAUUGUUGAACGACACUGAGCCCAAGGUCCGUCAGGCAACCCUGCACGGUGUUUCGAGAAUCGCAGAUGACCUUGCCGAAGACGUCAGCAACCAACACCAGCAGCUCAUGCCCCUCCUCAUGAAGAACCUUGCCAGCACAAUGCAGGAGUGGAAAGGUGAGGAAAACGGGCUGGUCAUCGACAUUAUGAAGGCUGCUAUUAGCGCCGUAGACUCUGUUGUUGGCAGCUUGAGUGAGAUUGAUGUUACACAAUACUUGGUAGAGUUGGUGCCAGUUUUGCACAAGUUGAUCAAACAUCCAGACUUCAAGAUCAAGGCUCUUACUGCCAGCGCUUUAGGAUCCAUUGCAUCAUCUGCUGGCAAGGCUUUCCUCCCAUUCUUCGAUGAGUCGAUGCAUCUCAUGCAGGAUUACGUCACCAUUAAGGAUAGCGAGGAUGAACUGGAACUUCGUGCUAGUGUCACUGACGCCAUGGGAGAGAUGUCUACCUCUGCUGGACCAGAACACUUCAAGAACUACGUUCAGCCUUUAAUGCGCGCCAGCGAGGAAGCUCUCCAACUUGGCCACUCCGGCCUGAAGGAAAGCACAUAUAUCUUCUGGGGCUCCAUGUCAAAAGUUUAUGGCGAAGACUUCACUCCAUUCUUGGAGGGAAUAGUAAAGGGGCUUUUUACAUGCCUUAUACAGGAAGAAACUGAUCUUGAGGUUGAGCUUAGCGAUGCCGCGCGUGACCUUGUUGGUCAAGAGGUUACCAUUGCUGGUCGCAAGGUUCGCGUCGCUGCCGCUGGCGACGAUGAGCAGGACGUGUCCGUCCUCGAUGAGUCCAACAUUGAAGAUCUUGAUAUCGAUGAGGAGGACGACUGGGAAGAUCUCACCACCGUGACUCCUCUCGCCCUUGAGAAGGAGAUUGCAGUCGAAGUUCUUGGUGAAAUUAUCACCCAUGCUAAGAAGGCCUUCCUUCCAUACUUCGAAAAAACAAUUGAGCAGAUCCUUCCCCUCUGCGAGCAUCCAUACGAAGGUGUCCGAAAGAGCACCAUCAGUACCCUUCACCGCUCAUAUGCUGCUCUAUGGCAAGUUUGUGAGGAGUCUGGUCAGAUGGAACGAUGGGUCCCUGGCAAGGGGAUGAGGAUGGUUGAGCCUCCCAAUGAACUGAAGAAGUUCACUGAAAUACUGAUGACUGCUACGAUUAAGAUGUGGACUGACGAAGAAGACAGGGCGACCGUUGCUGAUAUCAACCGCAAUGUUGCCGAAAAUCUCAAAUAUUGCGGACCGUACCUUGUCGCGGAUGCCUCUGUCCUCAACAAUAUCGUUACCAUGGUCACCACAAUCAUUACCAAGCAACAUCCCUCUCAGCAAGAUUUUGGUGUGGAUGAUGACGACCGUGCUGCCCUGGAAGAACUCUCUGAGUUUGACUGGGUGGUCAUUGACACCGCUUUAGACGUUAUCUCCGGCCUUGCCAUUGCACUAGGUAGCAGCUUCCUCGGACUAUGGCCUCACUUUGAACAGUCUGUUCUCCAGUACGCUGGCAGCAGUGAGCCUCUUGAAAGAUCCACCGCCACUGGAGUUAUUGCAGAUAUCAUAUUUGGUUUAGACGACGCCAUCACACCGUUCACAUCCAAGUUUCUUCAACUACUCCUGCACCGUCUUGGCGACGAGGAUCUCCAGACAAAGAGCAACGCUGCCUACGCCAUUGGACGACUUGUCGAGAAAUCGAACGACGAUGCGGAGAUUACCAAAACCUAUCCUACCAUCUUAGAGAUAUUGGAGCCCUGUCUACAUAUCGCCGAUGCUAGACUUAAAGACAAUGCUUCUGGCUGCCUUAGCCGCAUGAUUCUGAAGCACCGUGAUAACGUCCCUGUGGCUGAUGUCCUUUCCGCCCUCAUCGAUGUCCUCCCUCUCAAGAAUGACUUCGAGGAGAACGAACCCGUUUUCCGCAUGAUUUGCCAGUUGUAUAAAUGGGAAGACGCCACUGUCACCGGCCUAACCCCACGACUUAUCCCCAUCUUCCAAUCUGUACUUACUGGAGAACCAAACCAACUCGACAAGGAGCGACGCGCAGAACUGAUCGAGCUCGUCUCUUGGCUGAAUAAGAUGCAACCGGGGGUGGCUAGUUGGAUAGAACAGUUGCAUCAAUAA